AUGGCUGGAAAAUACACUCUACCGCCUCUUCCAUACGCAUACGAUGCUCUUGAGCCCGUCAUCUCCAAGGAGAUCAUGCAGAUCCACCACGACAAACACCACCAAGCCUACGUGAACAAUCUGAACACCGCUCUAAACAGUCAAACCAAAGCUCUGGAAGAGAGCAACCUGCGACAACUAGUAUCGCUGCAGAAGAAGGUCAAAUUCAAUGGCGGAGGUCAUAUCAAUCACUCUCUAUUCUGGAAGAACUUAGCCCCUCCUGGUUCCAAGGAGACCAACAUCGACUCGGCUGCACCAACACUCAAAAAGGCAAUUGUGAACCAGUGGGGUAGUGUCCAGAAAUUCAAAGACGAAUUUAAUACCGUUUUGACCGACUUGCAAGGCAGUGGAUGGGGGUGGCUGGCAAAUAAGCAGGUCGAGGGUAGACUGGAGGUCAUCAGUUUGAAAGACCAAGAUCCGGUGGAAGAUGCGGUUCCUAUCUUUGGCGUCGACAUGUGGGAGCAUGCCUACUAUCUUCAGUAUAAAAAUGACAAGGCGACGUAUAUCACCAAUAUCUGGAAGGUCAUUAACUGGCAGGAGGCGGAGAACCGAUUCAAGAACGGUGUGGAGUCAAUGAAGUUUUGA